AUGGGUUUGUGCAGUAGCAAGAAACGAAUGACCACCGAGAUGUCGGAUGAAGAAGUCGCGGCUAUUCGAGAUGUUUGGGUUCGUGCGAAGACCGACAAUGUUGGAAAGAAAAUUCUCCAGACUUUGAUUGAAAAGCGUCCGAAGUUUGCGGAGUACUUCGGAAUUCAAAGUGAAAGCCUGGAUAUUCGUGCUUUGAAUCAAAGCAAGGAAUUCCAUCUUCAGGCUCACCGUAUUCAAAACUUCCUCGACACAGCUGUCGGAUCUCUUGGAUUUUGCCCGAUAUCCAGUGUCUACGAUAUGGCUCACCGUAUCGGACAGAUUCACUUCUACAGAGGAGUCAACUUUGGAGCCGAUAACUGGCUCGUAUUCAAGAAGGUCACUGUCGACCAAGUCACUACUGGAGCCACCGACAGCUCAAAGGAAAAAGAUGAGACCAACAGCAAUGGAACCGCCAAUGGAAAGGUUGACACGGAUACCAACCUAAUCCCGGUAGGGAUCGCCGAUGCAAACAAUGUGUACAGUGGUGAGAACUGUUUGGCUCGUUUGGGAUGGAACAAACUGAUGACUGUUAUUGUUCGUGAAAUGAAAAGAGGAUUUUUGGAGGAAGCCAUGCGUAACUGCAAAGAAGAAGACAACAAUGGUCUUCUCAGUGCUUAA